AGAGGGGAAAUGGGAGAAUGAAGAGCCGGACACUGAGGAGCCUCUGCCCACAAUAAAGAGGGAAAUGGAUCCCGUUCCUGGGGCCGGUUCCCCAUUGGCUGAAUCAGAAAUAUUACAGAUAAAGAUAAAGGAGGAAGAACCGGACCCUGAAGACCAUCAGACCCCAAUGGAAAGCUCAGCAGUUGCCCUUACAGGUGUGGCUUUCCCUGAGGGGGAGCCAGAAAUAUUACAGGUAAAGAUAAAGGAAGAGGAUUCCAAUUCUGAUGAUCAUCUGAACCCAAUGGAUGUAGGAUUCCCACAGUUAAACACGGAAGAGAAACCCUUCAUUUGCACGGAAUGUGGGAAAAGCUUUGAUGGGCAUCGCAGUUUCACGACGCACAAGAGGAUUCACACAGGGGAGAAACCCUUUGCCUGUCAUUUAUGCUGGAAGAAGUUUACUUACAAGUACCAGCUUCUCACGCACAUAAGUAAUCACGCCGGGGUAAAACCAUUCACGUGCGCUGAAUGUGGGAAACGUUUCUCCCUCAAUAAGAGACUUACAAACCACCAGAAAAUUCACACAGGAGAGAAACCAUUGAGGAGUUUAGAAUGUGGGGAAUUGGUUUCUAGCAAACACAGACUCAAGGAGCACCAACGACUUCACGCAGGGGAGAAACCCUUCACCUGCCCAGAAUGUGGGAAAAGCUUUGCCCUAAAAUACAGAGUCAACAAACACCUGAGAAUCCACACGGGGGAGAAACCAUUUGCCUGCACAGGGGGUGGGAAAGGGUUUUGUGUAAAAGACGAACUUCAGAAACAGCAGAGGUUCCACUCUGGGGUGAAACCAUUUACCUGCGCGGAAUGUGGGAAAGGCUUCUGCUUAAGGACUGGGCUUAUCAAGCAUCUGGCCACUCACGCCGGGGAAAAACCUUUAACGUGUCCAGAAUGCGGCCAACGGUUCCGUUUACGAAGUGAAUUUCAGAACCACCUGAGACUCCAUAGAGGGGCGGUGCCGUUCCUGUGCACUGAAUGCGGGAAGAGCUUCUGUCAGAAGAGCAGUCUUGACGCCCACCUCAGGAUUCACACAGGGGAGAAACCCUUUAUGUGCACCGAGUGCGGGAGAAGCUUCAAUUUGAAGAACGGCCUCCGAAAGCACCAGAAAAUCCACACGGGGGAGAAACCCUUCAAAUGCACGGAAUGUGGCAAGAGGUUUUCCAUGAAGACUGAUCUACAGAAACAUCACCGGACUCACACAGGGGAGAAACCCUUCAUAUGCACGGAGUGCGGCAAGAGCUUCUCCCACCACAGCAGCCUCUACAAUCAUCAGAGGAUUCACACCGGGAAGAAACCAUUCACCUGCACGGAAUGCGGACGAGGAUUCGGCAGCAGAGGCCGAUUUUAUAAACACCAACGAGUUCACAGUGGGGAGAAAACCUUUACCUGCACGGAAUGUGGGGAGAGUUACUUCAAUAGCGCCAGCCUGCACCGGCACGAGAACAUUCACACCCGGGGGAAACCACUGACCUGCACGGACUGUGGGAAGUGCUUCCCCGAAAGGCACAAACUCACCCGGCACCAGAAAACUCACAGAGGCGCAAAAGCUUUACGUGUGCGGAACAAAGGGAACGUUCUACCCCCUUCUUAAUAGGGGAGGUAGAACAGUGACCCCGAAUGUAACGGGGAGAUGAACUUAUGCAAAUAGAACGAGGUUUCAGGCUCCUCCCACCCCAUGGACUGAACCAUCAAAAAAACUACUGGCGAAAGGACUUAUUUCUGCUUCACUGCGGCAAAAAUGCCAAGUCCACCCCCCCAUCUUGUGGUAAUUCAGGCAGGAUUUCGGGGGCUGUAUUUUAUCUCUGUGUAACUGUACAUUGAACUGUGAGUACUGCCCCAUAUGCAGCGCCCUGCCCGUGCCUGGGUGGUUAUGAAUGAAUAAUAUCCGGUGCUGGUUUCCCUUUGGGCUAAACAUUAACCCUAUCUGUAACAAUGGCCCCUUUAUUGGAG